GCCACCCAGCAGCCCAUCCUGGGGGUUAGGAGGACACCUGGGGAUGGUGGCUUGUCACUGUCCCUGCAGCAGCCUGUCAGUGAGGGAGGCACAGGGCGAGGCACUGGCAGAGAUUUUGCAACUGGCUGGCAAGGGCUGAGAGGCACCGCCUCCCGAGCAGGGAGCAGGGGAUGGCCCACUCCUAGGUGCACUUGGGAUGGGUGGAGAGGGCUGAGGAACCUGUGCCUGACAUGAGUCUACUUAGGCCAUGAAGCCAGCAUGGGGUCUGUAGGACCAGGACCCUGCCCGUGACUCCCAGGGCCAUCUGCCUUUCAUCCAGGCCCUGAGGUCCCUUAUCAGUCUUUCGGGGUGCCUCUUAGCAAAGCUAAACAGGCCCAGGAAGUGGCUGGGUGAACCACCCAUGGGUGCCUGGCUGGGCUAGUAGAGUCGCCACAUUCCAGGCGAAGGAGACACCGAGCCAAGGCAGACAGGUUCCUCCUCCACCGGGAGACCAGAGGCCCCGAAGAUGGAGGAACAGGUGUUCAAGGGGGACCCAGACACCCCUCAUUCCAUCUCCUUCUCGGGGAGCGGGUUCCUUUCCUACUACCAAGCUGGGGCCGUGGACGCUCUGCGAGACCUGGCCCCGAGGAUGCUGGACACAGCCCAUCGCUUCGCAGGGACGUCAGCUGGCGCAGUGAUCGCAGCCCUGGUCAUCUGUGGGAUUGAAAUGGAGGAGUACCUCAGAGUGCUGAACACGGGCCUGGCCGAGGUGAAGAAGUACUUCCUGGGACCUCUGUCCCCAUCCUGCAAGAUGGUACAGAUGAUGCGACAGUUUUUGUACAACGUGCUGCCUGAAGACUCCUACAAGUUCGCCACCGGGAAGCUGCACGUGAGCCUCACCAGAGUCACGGACGGGGAGAACGUGGUGGUCUCAGAGUACAGGUCCAAGGAAGAGCUCAUUGAGGCCCUGUACUGCAGCUGCUUUGUCCCUGUUUACUGUGGCUUCAUCCCCCCGACCUAUCGGGGUGAGAGGUACAUUGAUGGUGGCUUCACGAGCAUGCAGCCCUGUGCCUUCUGGACGGACUCCAUCACCAUCUCCACCUUCAGCAGCCAGCAGGACAUCUGUCCGAGAGAUUGCCCUGCCAUCUUCCAUGACUUCCGAAUGUUCAACUUCUCCUUCCAGUUCUCCUUGGAGAACAUCACCCGCAUGACACAUGCAUUGUUCCCCCCAGACCUGGUGAUCCUGCAGGAUUACUACUACCGGGGCUAUGACGAUGCUGUUUCAUACCUUCGGAGGCUGAACGCUGUGUACCUUGACUCUCCCAGCAAGAGAGUGAUUUUCCCCAGGGUGGAGGUGUACUGCCAGAUAGAGGUCGCCCUUGGCCAUGAGCCCCCAGCUCAAAAUCAACCGAGCCUCCCAGCCCAGAGGGGCCACCAUGAAGACUCCUCACAGCCCCAUGUACAGGGGGCUCCCAAAGAGGACAGAAAGGGUGGCCAUUCUCCAGCUCCCCCGCCAGUGCAGACACCUGAAGCCAGGGCCAGGAGGGUUGUGGAGUCACCCCAGUCUACCCCAGCCCCACCCCAGCCCUGCCCAGUAAUGAGGCCAGAGAUGCCCACUGGCCCCAGUGACAUUUGCCCAAUGAAUCUUCGAACACCAAACCUGAAGCAAGGAGUGAAGGACGGCCAUGAACUGGACUUGGCCACCGACCAUGACCAAGGCACAAAAACCUUGCCGCCGGCGCUGCACACCUCACACUCAGCUGCAGACACACACAGCUCAAAGGCUGGAUCCCCGGUGCCUGCUACAGUGCCUGAAUCCCUUGGACAUUCUGGACUGCUGCUCAGACACUCCCAUGCAGCCACAGCAGCCAGGGCAGCCCCUGGACUUCUGCCCUCCAGUCCUUCACCGCCACCUGCCCUGCCACCUGUGGAGGAGCUGGGCCCAGAGCAGCUCACAGGACCUUCUGACUCUUCACAGCUGACCGGCUCAGCAGCACCAGGCACCAGGAAGCCAGCCCCGCAGAAGCCUCUGGUGGACAGUCCUGCUGUGGAUUCAAACAGGACAAAAAAGAUGUUCAAGAAGAAGCAGAAGAUAAAUACCACCAGAGAAUGCCACCAGAGAAACCCUCGGUCCAAGAGGCCAGCUAGCAAAAUGCAGUCUGCUCCUUGCCCACUGGACUUCCCUGUACUCUCCACUUCUAAGACAGUUUGGGUCACCUACAAGCCUCAUCCCAACCGGAUCCAAGAAUACAGCUGCCCUGAGGGAAUAGGUGGACAGAACUCCUAGGCUGAAGCAGGAGAGACCCCAGUGACCUGGAGCCCAGGUCCAGCCUCCCACGCAAGGCAACACUGCAGUGUGUUUCUUUGAAGAGUCUCCUGCCCACUGAAGUCUCCAUUUAUAAUCCCUGGAACCCCUUUCCCAAGCUGUUCCCUGGGAUCCCCCGAGGGAGGGACCUGACCAGCAUUCUGGGCUUCAGGGCGUUUUCAGGUCCCUCCCCCUGGAAUGAUAUGGCUCAGCCAUGCAGACCAGCAGCCACGGACUUUCCCUCCCCCCAGCUCUAGUGAGGGCAGGGUGUCUUUCACGCUGCUAUCACCGUGACCCACAAGGAAGACAUCCUCAGCCUCGUUGGGUGAUGUUUUGGGGGACAUGUAAAAUGCGCUCAAGCUGGCCUGGUACAGCAGCCCCCAAAUGGUUUGUUCAAGUUCAUCGUGAGGGGUAAAGAUGAGAAAAACGGCUCCUUGGAGAGCUGCAUUCCUGAGGUCACCAGCCAAGCUCCUGUUGUGUAUGGCUCUUGUUAAUCCCGCUGGGCAAGAAUAAGACCACUGUCACAAUUUCUGAGCAAGCUUUAUUAAAAACAGGCCAGGACGAUGGGUACCGGCCAGGUCCAUAUCUGGGAUUUCCAGAGAAUGUCCAUGAAUUACCUCAGGCCAAUGCUUAUAAAGGCAAAGCACCCAAGGCUACAUACUUCCCACCUUCGUCCGAUCACGGGCAAGCAUCCAUCCAGACACACCCCCUGCCUCCUAUGAUCAAGUGCGUCCUGUGCAGUUGGGGCAACCAAGCUUGUUUACAGAAGUGGAAACACAUGGUUGUUACCUUACGUGAACAAGCAGCCCCCAGCACUUCAGGAAGUUAUCUGUCCUUGGGCCAGUGUGGUUUACAGGAUAGAGACAUUUGUGUUUUAUACAUCUCUUAAGCACAGUAAUUUAAACUUAAAACGUAACUUUGGCCCUCACACUCCAGGUCUCUAGCAGAACUAAUGCAGAUCCUGUGAGAACACUGGGGAAAGAGAGAGAGAGAGAGAGAGAGAGAGAGAGAGAGAGAGAGAGAGAGAGAGAGAGAGAGAGAGAUCAAAAGGAGGAGGUGACUGCUCCUAGCUAUGGUAGGGGAGAAGGUUUAUAGUAGAUAUACAUGAGGAGGAGAUGGGGGGGGGACAGGAGCCAAGAGGCCAAAAGGACCCCGUGACCCAAAUGUCUGGAUUAUAUAGGAAAGAGCAGCUGGAGGAGGGUAUCCCAGCCCCUGGAUCAGAGAGUUCAGGGGAGGGAGCAGGGUAUGCCAGCCAGGAGGGCCCUGUAACAGGUAGGGACUGAGGGAUGCUGGGAGACCCUGGCAGCCAGCAUCCGCUUUGAUACAUUAGCAGCAUCUCAGCGCUUUGUCCCAGGUCUGAGGUCUACCAAGCCCUAGCUGGGGUUGAAGCAGACCAGAUGACCGCAGGCUCAGCAACUCGGAGCAUAGAUAACAUCAAACCCUGAGCAGACUGGGGCUGCAUGCAUGCCGGCACCCCAUGCCUGCCGGCACCCCAUGCUUGCGGCACCCCAUGCUUGCGGCACCCCAUGCUUGCCGGCACCCCAUGCCUGCCGGCACCCCAUGCUUGCGGCACCCCAUGCAUGCCUGCACCCCAUGCUUGCGGCACCCCAUGCCUGCCUGCACCCCAUACUUGCCGGCACCCCAUGCCUGCCCUUCUCUGAGACUACAAACACUGACUGUGGUUUGCCUAAGUCUGCUGUGAAGAAAGACUCCUGAAGCUUGCUGCAUGGUGGAGUCACUCUGGCUAGGAUUCGGAGGAUGGGUCUCACUACAAACCUCAACGGCUCCCUAGAAAGGAAACCACCCAGCCAGGCCCGCCAAGGAGGCCCAGGCUGCCCACAACAUUUGCUUAACAAAUACUCAAAUGCAAAACCGAGAACCAAGGCUGAUGUUCAGCUGUAGGUUGGACUUGGCCACUGAGGACCCAGGGGUAAACGUAAGCAGAGAAAGGGGGCCCUGUGACAAGGAGGCCUUGGAGGAGCCUAAAUGUAACAGUUGCUUCAGAGAACAAAACAGGCUUUUGAAAAGCAAGCAAAGAUUCAAGGUCCAGAGAGGGACCUGGUGGCUCAAUUCUAAAGGAACAGGAGUUCAAGGUCAUCCUAGGCUACCUAAGGAGUUAGGGACUAGCUUGGGCUACAUAAGACUCUGUCUCAAAUGUGAUAGCCUCGUACCACCCACCCACUGCCAACAUAAAAUCGAGACCCCUGUUGUCUGGCAGGGAUGCUCUGGCUGAUAGUACAAGCCAUGAGGGGCGGGACCUGGAGUUUGGCAUGUGGCCGCAGGUCCCCAAGACCUAACCUUCAUCUAAGUGUGAGGACCUUCAUCUACAGGAGAAUCCUUCUCAACCCAGAAAUAACAAUUCCCUGGCACAGGGGACUCAGCAGCCAUUAACAACUGUCUUCCCUCAGAGCGAGCAGUCAAGCCCAGAGGCUUCCAGCUGUCACCAUUAUCCCUAGGAUCCUGGGCCCCUCACAGACUCUCUUGGCUCGUGUUCAUUUCUCCUGUCUUGAGGUAAUGGAGAGAGAUCUUUGUUCUAGUUCAGGACUGGCAGAUAAAACACAGGACAGCAUGUGAGUGAAACUCUCAGGUAAACACUGAACAGUUAUUUUCAUGGCUGUAUGUGCCCAAAAUUAUAAUCAUUUACCUAAAAUUCAAAUUUGCUGGACAGCCUGUAUUUUCAUUUGCUAACUCUGGUAACUUUAAUUAGUCCCUUUAAUCUCUUCUUCCCCUUAUUUAUUUCUUUGUUUUCUUUAAGCACAGGGUCUUAUU